AUGGUUGAUUUAACUUCAGAAUUUCGUAAAUUAAUUAUAGAUCUUUCAAAAACAACCACCUCGACUAGUGGAAGAAACAAAAAAAAUCAUGAGAAUGCAACAGCAUCAAUACUAUUACCAAUACCUGCUAAAAAUAAAGUCAUGAGAGAUGAAUAUUUAAAGGAAGCUUAUAGAAUUGUUUCUCAUAUCAACAAUUUAAAACAUUUUCUUUUAUCAGUCCUCACAUCUCUAACUAACAUAGAGAGAGAUGAAAUUGAUUUACAAGCAAAAAUAAUCAUUCAACAAUGUUUAGACAGAAUUAAAAAAUUGCAAGAAAUAGAAAAAGAAAGACAAAAUUCAAUUACAUAUAGUACUUGGUCAAAAUUACUAUCUGUAACUUCCAUGAAUGACGAGCAUGAAGUUUUAGCAGCAAUUCAUAGUAGUAUUGCAUGGUAUUUGAAUAAGCGGUUGACAGAAGUGUCUAAAAUACAAAAAGAUCAACAGGAAGCCAGAAUGAUUAAAGAGAUGGAGAAACCUGCUAAAUUGUCGCUUCUAAACAAUAAUCCUGAAUCUCUUCAGUCGAAAAUGAAUGAAGAAAGAGGAGACUCGCCAUCAAGAACAGACAGUGAAAUAGACGGGAGUUUGACAGAAAAUGAUGAAAAAGGUGAUGAUGAUGACGACAUUGAUCAUCAUUUGUCAGCAGAACAAAAAAUGGUAUUAGAAAUGGAAAAUGAAUCCAUCAUGAAAGAAUUGGAAACUUCUUUACAACAAGUCAAUCAAGCAGAAAAGGCAUUAUUGGAAAUUUCAAAUUUACAAACAAUACUAUCUAAUCAUUUAGCAGUACAAACUCAACAAACAGAUAGGUUAUAUGCAGAAGCAAUUGCCACAACAGACAGAGUGCAGGAAGGCAAUUUAAUGUUGAUAAAGGCAAGAGAAAGAGCUUCAGAUACAAGAAAAUGGAUAUUAGUAUUUUUAAUAUUAGCUAGUUUUAUUUUAUUCUUUUUAGAUUGGUAUGAUUAG